UUUUUGUCACCUUGCUCCGAGAGGUCAAAGUAGUUGUCUUAAACGAACCACGGACACCACAGAGACAAAGAUAUUGGCAGAAGUCGUACCGUGAUUUACUCAGUGCGCUGCGAAGUGCAUAUUACUCGGGAUUCCAUUUAACCGUGUGGUGUACAAUUUAGUUUUAUCGCUGUGUUUACACUUUCAAAAGCUAGUGUCUCUGACAGUUUUCUUAGUGUGGGAGUCAACAAGUGGCCAUUUUGAAAACUAAGAUUAUUUAUUCCAUCGCAGCUGAUAUAUAAAGAAGACCGGAACUAUGUUGAAACUACAUACUAUACUGGUAUUUCUAUUUGUGCUUUUACUUUCUCAGGAUCAUCUUGGAGUUGUCUCAACAACCGACGAUCCAAGCGCUGAGACAACAUUAGAUCCUGAAGUCGAAGCAGAAAAUGAAGAUGUCAGCUUAGCCGUUAUAUUGGCUGCCUUUUUCUACGCACUGCUUAUCGUUAGUGUUACCAUUAUUCUUGUGGCGUGUGUUUUCUGUAAGUGUUGUCCCAAAGGAAAACAACAAGACACAGAAGCGCUCGAAGUUCAAGAAAAGUCCGACCACAAACUGGAUGGCAUCAACAACCCUGGAGCAAAUGUACAAAACGACAACACGCCAUUAUAAGAGGCAAAACGAUGUGACAGGCAACUACAUGUACGUGCAGCGUCAAUGUAGCUUGGGAAGACGUGUUGUAAACAUCGGACACCGUUGGUGGCUAAGUUUCCUUUAUAUAUAGGAAAUUGUGACCUAUAUUAUUUUACAUGAUUUUAAAGCGUGUCACCGUGGUAUAUGUUUGUAUCUUGUUUGCCGACCGUUUCUCUUUCUGCUGUAUUUGGAUCUCAAACACGCAAAGAGUUUUACUGAUCUUCUCUAUUCUGAAAUUACAUGACUAUCAUUGAAGUCCGACCGUAGACCACUGGUAUAUGGCCGAUCUUGCCCAAACGUGUAUAAACUAAUUGUCUAUCAAUGGUUGAAUGUGAUCAAUUACGGCGACGCCAUGUUCUUUAAAACUACUCGCCAUCACUAUAGCAACAACGUACCUUGUUGAAACAGGGAGUGGCUUUGAUCGCUUCUAAUAAAUAAUGGAGUACGUGAUUACUGAUUACUAUGACGUCAGACGUACUUAGAAGCAACAAUAAAAACGACCAAAGCCUCGUAUUUUGAUCAGACCCCUGUAAUUAUUAAAAAUGCCUGCCGACUGUAUUUAAUUCGAUCUCAUCCCAACACCAUAAUCAGGCAGUAUUAACAAAUAUUGGGUUUUAUUGGUAUUGUUUUUUUUAUUACAAACUAUUAAUUUUUAUUAAAUAAAAUAAAUUGUGUUCACUAA